AAUAGCUCAAUUCAUGAAGAUCACAACAUUGCUGAUAGUCCUUCCGCUCUUCUCAUGAUCUGGGUCGCGGCUCUGCUAGCCAACGUGAUCAUGACUCAUGAUCGCAGGCUCCUAACUGAGGCCAACCUCGGUCGCAAGGCUGAUGUUGGUGCAGCCACUGAUGCCAACAAGGCUGCGGUAGUGGUAACAAUCAAUACUGAUGGUGCUGAUUAUGAUACGAACACGGAUUAUGGCAAGUAUAAACCAGGUCAGGACUCAUUUGGAUCUGAUACUAGUAGUCACCAUCAUUAUCCGACCGAUCAAAACCCUAACAAACCGCAACAUUAAUUAACUUAAUUAGUACCCACAGCUAUUUAAUGGACAGUCAAGGAAUAUAUAUAUAAAGUGGAAAAACACCUAUGCACUUUUUUUUUUAAAUCAGUAAAGCACCUAUGCACUUAUGUUUGGUUUCACGAAGUAAUGCAUCGUUAUGGAAAUCUAUGACUAGUACUUUGUAUUUGAGAAAAAAUAUUGGUAUAUAUCCUUUGAUUUAAUAUACAUGUUAAGUUGUU